GUAUUUUGAGCUAUUUAUUUCCGGUAAAACCGGAAGUGGAUCCGAGGGUUAUGUGUAGGUGACCGAUUUGCAGAUAGCUGAAACAUAUUGAAAAUAUUAUCGCACCACAGAGUAAAGACAACCUACUUUAACAAAUUAAAGGUCAUACUCCAUUAGGAUACCAUGGGAGCUCACCUGGUCAGGCGAUAUAUCACCGAGACCGACACCGAACCAGAUCCGGCGAGGAAAUUUGAGUUCGACCCCCAAUUCGGGUUUCCCGAGAGGAAAGAGCGAGAGAUGGUGGCGACGCAGGAGCAGAUGAACUUGGCCCAGGUGCCUUUGGAGCAGAGGGACUAUUGUGCUCAUCACCUCCUAAAGCUGAUGAAGUGCAAAAGGGACAACUGGCCAAACUUCCUUGCCUGCAAACAUGAGAGACAUGACUGGGACUACUGUCAACAUCAGGACUACGUGAUGCGGAUGAAGGAGUACGAGAGGGAAAGGAGACUCCAACUGAGGAAGAAAAGAAUUGAGGCCCAGGCUGAAGCUGCAUAAUAGAUGACAUCUGUCCCCUUGUCUCUGUAUAUAACUACACUGUUUGCAUUAAACAGUACUGCUUAAAAUGUCACAAUCUUGCUCAU